AUGUUAGUAGCAUCAAAUAUAAUAAGAUGGAAACUUCGAAGAUGCAAAGUCAGUUCUAGGAGUAGCUUAAAACGUUUUUAUCGAUAUAUAUGUAAUGAAACAAACGAAGAAAUAAUUACUCAUGUAUAUGACAAAAAAAUAUAUGAACAGAACGUGCACUUAUAUGAACAGUGCAAAAGCCAUAUUGACUUGAAACAAAAUAUAUAUUAUGAUUAUUUUUUUAAAGAAAAUUACAUACUGCCCAUUCAUAAGAAAAAUGUGUUAAGUAGGGAAUGUCUGAAUGGAAAAAGGAAUGAAAAAAAAUUAAAUAUAUAUUCCUUUGAAAACAAAUGUGCUAUUUCGGAUGAAAAGGUAAAACGAGAAGAAUGUGUUCAUGAAAUGUACGCUCCGUUAAGAGUAGAAUAUUUAGAGGAGUAUAAAAAUUGGGAUAAAAAAAUUAAAAAGGAAAAGGGGAAAUUUUUAGAAGAGAAAAAGGAUAAUAAGCUAAAUGUAGACGAGCCUAAAAUAGAAAAAACCAAAAGAAAAAGCAAAGACAAUAUUGUAAAAGUUAAGGAGGAUGAAGAAGAAAAUCGAAAAGAGGUAAGAGAUGAAAAAAACAAAUCUGUCACAAAUAAAUGUAGUGCCAUAAAAAUAAGUGAGAUGGUAGAAAAAAAAGAAGCACCCGCAUCCUCAUUAGCAUUAGAUAAUAUAAUUUUAAAUGCUCCUUAUAAUAGAACAUACGCUAUUAGCAGUGAUUUAACUAGUAUAUAUAUAGAUAACAGUAAACACUUUCAUUGUGAUAAUGGAAAAGAAGAAGAAGAUACGGAAAUGAAAAUUUGCCAAUACUGUUCUUAUAAAGGCAUAUGUAGCUCGAGGUUUGCCUUCAACAAUUUAAAGAAAGGAAUUCUUAAAGUUAAUGAUAAAAUUGUUUAUGAAAAUGUUAAUGUUUCCCUUAAUGAUGAUAAGAUCGAAUUAACAAAAGAAGGAAAAGAAUUCUUAAAAAAAUAUAAAAUCACUAUCAUUAUUAAUAAGCCUAAAUAUUACCUUUCUCUUUCAGCUGAUAACAAAUCAAAUAAAAAAUUACUGGUAAGAAAUUUAAUAAGAAAUGAAAAUAAAUACAUUGAAGAUGAACAUAAAUGUAUGAGUUAUUUUAUUUAUAAAAAUGUUAAUAUUGAAAAGGUUAAUAAUUUAUAUGUGUGUGGCAGACUGGAUGCAAAUUCAAGCGGGCUGCUAAUUUUUACGCAAAAUACUUUAUCAAGUAAUUACUUAUUACAUAAAUAUAAAUAUAAAAUUGAAAAAGAAUAUGAAAUCAAAACAUACAAUGAAAUAAAAGAAAUAAAUUUAAAGUUACUACGAGAAAAUUUAUUUAUUGAUGGUAAAUUAAUAUAUAAAUGUCAUGUACAAUAUAUAGAUAGUUUUACACUAAAAAUUAAAUUAUACCAAGGAUUUCAUAAAAUGAUAAGAAAAUUAUGCUUACAGUCAAACAUUAAAAUAAAAUCCUUGCAUAGGGUAAGAAUAGGCGGAAUUCACUUGAAUAAUUUGCCCAUGGGGAAAUGGCGUUUCCUUAUGCCCAAUGAGUUUUUCUUCUGA